CCCUGCACAGACUGUCCAAUGGCGUGUAAGGGGCGGGGCCCGGCGCACACCUGCCGGCCUCCAGGCCAAGAACGAGGUGCAGGAGCCAGUCAAGAACUGGGAAGUCAGAACCCAACCACCCAAGAUGCUGAGCUCUUCCCAGAGCCCUCAGACUGGCACCUGGACAGAGCCCUUCUCUCUGCUUUUGGGUCUUGGCGCUACCCUCUACUUGGGCUACUACUGGAUAUGUGUGCCCCAGAGGCCUCAACUGGUGACUGGGCCCCGGUUUCUGGCCCUCCUGGAGCAACACUGUCCGAUCACUCUGGAGACUUUCUACCCUACGCUGUGGUGUUUUGAGGGGCGGCUACAAACCAUCUUUCGAGUCUUGCUGCAGUCUCGGCCUCCAGUCCCUUACCGGAGCGAAGUCCUCCAAACCCCAGAUGGAGGACAGCUCCUGCUAGACUGGGCUGGCCAGCACAACAGCAGUCAAUAUCCUGACCCCACCACCCAGCCCAUUGUAUUACUGCUUCCUGGUAUCACAGGCAGUAGCCAGGACUCCUAUAUCUCACAACUAGUCAACCAAGCUCUGAGGGAUGGUUAUAGAGCUGUUGUAUUUAACAACCGAGGCUGCCGUGGGGAAGGACUGCUGACUCACAGAGCCUUUUGUGCCAGCAACACUGAAGAUCUGGAGACAGUCGUGAGCCACAUAAAGCACCGCUACUCCCAAGCUCCACUGCUGGCUGUGGGCAUCUCUCUUGGAGGGAUAUUAGUGCUGAACCACCUAGCUCGAACAGGGCAAGAUUCGGGGCUGGUGGCAGCACUGACUCUAUCUGCAUGCUGGGAUUCCUCUGAAACCACCCGCUCCCUGGAGACCCCACUCAACUCACUGCUCUUCAAUCAGCGCCUCACUGCCGAGCUCUGCCACAUUGUGAACCGAAAUAGGAAGGUGAUGGAAAAGGUGGUGAACGUAGACUUUGUGCUACAGGCCCGCACAAUCCGCCAGUUUGAUGAGCGCUACACAGCUGUGGCUUUUGGAUAUCAAGACUGUGUUACCUACUACCAAGCAGCAAGCCCAAGAACCAAGGUAGAUGCCAUCCAGACCCCUGUGCUCUGCCUCAAUGCAGCUGAUGACCCCUUCUCCCCAGUCCACGAAAACACCAGGAUAAGACCCCUGGAGCUGCUUGUGAGGUUGAGUUGAAGCGUUCCUGCCUAAGCGGUGUCGUGUGCUGUUUUUACUCCACUUUCCGAUUCGUGGUAAGUUCUCAGGUGAAAUUCCCGCCAGGGCGCCGGGCUUUCCACCGGGGAGGGCGCAAGCUAGAAAUGCAGCUAGUGUGCAGCCGGAGGUACAGCCCACCCCCAAGACCCCUUAUCCCCGUCGCCCGUGCCGUGACCGGCCCCAGUGGCCCUGAGCUCUCACCACGCCAUUCUUUAUGCCCGUCUUGGCAGCGCCUCCUCCGCCCGCAGCGAUGAGCAGCCCCGCGCUGGGGUCGACCUGAAGCGCGUACAACGGGAACGGGGCCCGGUACAGCUCGGGCGCCCGGCGCCGGCCCAUCCUGCUCGCCGCGCGCUUCACUGUCCGCACCGGGGCACCCGGGACAUGCCACGCCCGGCUUUCGACCACUCGCCCUGCCGCGAUUCAACUUGAUCCCGUCGCCGCCAGGAGGAUUCUCGACUGCUCCCUCGCUCCCUCGGCGUUGGCAAAACUCUUCACCACACUCAGGAAUCCAUAUCUUCGCUCCGAGCGGUCUUAACCCUGUCCGGUGAACGCGCAGUGCGCACGCGCACUUAGCCCUGGGCUCUCCUUGCGCAGGCGCAGGCCCGCCAAUACGCGUCAGCACUAGCGGGCAUCGGGAUGACGCAAGCCCCGCGCCAAGAUUGUGUCCGCCUGGGUCGUGAGUCUCCGUCGUGUUUGCGUGGGGUCAAAGAGGCAGGCUCCCCUUCCAGGGGAUGUGCUUGGUGAUUCUGGGGGAGGAGGGGAGCUAAUAAAGGUUAAAAGAGGCUAAUAAACCUUUACAAAAAGAAAUCCUUGGAUGCUCCUGGCUGUCAGUCCCAGGGCAUGCUUCCCUUGAUCUCUGUGUUGUCAAUUCGAGCCCCACCUUGGGCGUAGAGAUUACUUAAAAAUAAAAUCUUAAAAAAAAAAAAAAAAAUCUUGGAUUAGGGUUGUCCCCAUUUCAGGAGUGAUACCUGAUGUGGAAGUGGGGUGGGGGGGGGGGUGGUCAGAGCGGAUGACCAAGAAAGAAUUCUUGAGACGUCUUUGGUGCAAAAAGGUGGUUUUAUUGAAGCCCAGGACAGGACCCUUGGGCAGAAAGAGCUGCACUGGCGCUGUGAGGGGUGACUGAUGAUACACUUUCAAGUUGAGAGGCGGUUAGGGACAGCGUAAGCCUCCAAGGUAUUUUGGAAGCUAGGUUUCCAGGACCCUGAGGGGGCUAGCUGUUGUUAGGAAAACGUCAUUUAUUACUGGUCAGUAAAACCUCAGUCACAGAUGCUUCAGAUGUAUACCAGUGGGCCAUAUAUGCUUCGAGCAUGAUUGCCAACAUGUAUCUUGAGGGGUAGAGAUAAAGAUUCCAAAGGAAUUUUUAUAUGUUAAAUUAGAUCUACAGGAUCCUAGAGGGGCGGGACAAUGUUAAGCUAAGACUGACUUUUGCCCUUAGCAAAGUGUCAACAUGGAGGCAGUCGAGUUUCCAGAGGUCACUCUGCCUGUCUCAAGGAAUUGUCAGUUGUAAGGAAAUUUAAUUUUUUCUUUUGCCUUUGUUUCCUACACCAAUACACAAGUGCAGCCUUUACCUUUUACCCCAGAGAGGAAGUGAUAUGUCCCAGGUCACACACUUUGGAAAUUUCACAUUUGGGAACUUGAACUGUGUCUCUUGCCUUUUCAUGGAGGCAGCAUGGACUUUAAAGUAAAAUUGGGUUCAAACUCGGAAUCCACUGCUUCCUAGUGUGAGGAAACCACUAUUUACCUUAACAAAUCACCUCAGCUCUGUGGUUGGCAGAUGUGAGAACCGGCCAUGCUUGCAGCUCUGUGACAAGGGAGACGAUUCAUUUUCAGAAAUACCAAAUAAGAGCUGAGCUGUCUAGUUACCAGUAGGCUUACAACCUAUUGGAAAUCUAUAUGAACUCCCCCUCCCCCCAUGGAGCCUCAAACCCUUAGACACUUCACUUCCUGAUUCUUCUAACCCUCUCCGUUUUGCGGGCUUAUUUUCCAAAGGCUUUGCGAGAGCAUGCGCCAAAGAACAAAGGAGGGACUGAAAGUCUCUGCGUCACCUCAGGAAAUGUACAUAUGUUCCAAACAGACUACUUUUUGCCUUACGUGGGCAUAGGCGAAGUCUGGGUAAGGCUGUAACCUCCAUUGUACUCCGCCAAUGAGGAAUCAGGAGGGACUUGCACGCUAGGAAAUAAAUUGUUUGCUGUAACUACACCAGAUGUGCCCGUCCAUCACACACCCGCUCUUGCAAGAAUGUUGAUUAAAUCCUCGCUUCAUUGUG